UGAAAAUUCGUCCUCCGGACUAGCUGUACAUAAAACAAUAAACAAAUUUUUAGAUUUAUAGUAUUUCUAGUCAUAAACCUAACUGUGAUAUAGUCAGCAAUCCAACAAUGGUAUUGGAAACACUUCUAGUUCAAACUGCCUUAAAGACGAUCGGUAUCGUAGGCUCGACCUUAUGGUUGAUCCCUUUGGUCCUGGCAGGUCUCUCCUUUAUAAACUACAACAAAUACGAUCCCGAAUCGCAGGUGAUGAACGCGCAGAAUUUGUACAGGGAGUACGAUUUUAUUAUAGUCGGUGGAGGGUCAGCAGGUGCUGUAGUUGCUGCGAGGUUAUCGGAAAUAUCCAAAUGGAAGGUUCUUCUUUUGGAGGCUGGCUUUGAUGAAAACGAAGUAAGCGAUGUACCAUCAUUGGCGGCUUACCUCCAACUCUCAAAAAUGGACUGGGAGUAUAAAACCGAAUACACAGGUAGAGCGUGCUUGGGAAUGAGAAAUGGUCAAUGCAACUGGCCCAGAGGAAAAGUUCUUGGCGGAUCCAGUGUCUUAAAUUACAUGCUGUAUGUAAGAGGAAACAAGCAUGAUUACGAGCUAUGGGAGCAAAUGGGAAAUCCAGGUUGGAACUAUGAAAACGUUCUGCAUUACUUUAAAAAGUCCGAAGACAACAGAAACCCGUAUUUAGUUAAAACUCCUUAUCAUGGUAAAGACGGACCGUUGACGGUUCAAGAAUCUCCAUGGAGGACGCCGUUAGUUGUAGCGUUUUUGGAAGCAGGCUUAGAAAUGGGAUAUCCCAUCAGGGAUAUAAACGGAGCUGAUCAAGCUGGGUUUAUGAUAGCCCAAGGAACUAUAAGAAGAGGCGCCAGAUGUUCAACAGCAAAAGCAUUUCUGAGACCUGUAAAAUUAAGAAAAAACAUACAUGUGGCGUUAAAUUCGCACGUUACCAAAGUCCUUAUUAAUCCUGCAAAUAUGCGAGCGUUCGGAGUAGAAUUCGUAAGAAACGGAAGAAAACAAAUAGUAACAGCCAGAAAAGAAAUUAUCCUGUCAGCAGGUGCCAUAAACACCCCCCAAAUCCUAAUGCUAUCCGGCAUAGGCCCCAAAUAUGAACUACAAAAACACGGUUUGCCAGUGUUGAGGGACCUGCCCGUAGGAGAGAACCUCCAAGACCACGUCGGCAUGGGAGGACUCACUUUCAGAAUAAACAAACCCGUGUCCAUUGUACAGGACCGGCUGCAGGCGUUUCCGAUGACUAUGCAGUAUGUGGUGCACGAAAGGGGGCCUAUGACGACGUUGGGUGGUGUGGAGGGGCUGGGUUUUGUUAAUACGUAUCUUGGAAACCGAUCCUGGCCAGACAUCCAAUUUCACAUGGCGCCAGCCAGCAUCAACUCAGACGCGGGGGCGAAAGUAAGAAAGGUUUUGGGCAUCACGGAUGAGUUAUACAACACAGUCUACAAGCCAAUUGCGAAUAAGGAUGUGUACACACUGAUGCCCCUGCUGUUGAGGCCGAAAUCGAGAGGGUGGGUCAGGUUGAGGAAUAAGAGUCCGUUUUCGCCGCCUUUGAUCAACGCAAAUUAUUUUGACGAUCCUUUUGAUAUAAAGACUUUAGUUGAAGGUGCCAAAAUAGCUAUCAACAUAAGCGAAACCCACGCAUUCAAAAAAUUCGGCAGUCGCCUGCACAGCAUCCCGUUCCCCAAUUGUCGCCAGUUCGAAUUCACCAGUGACGAAUACUGGGAGUGCCAUAUCAGGACCAUAUCGAUGACCAUCUACCAUCCGGUGGGUACGUGCAAGAUGGGUCCUUCCUGGGAUCACCAGGCCGUUGUGGACCCCAGGUUGCGGGUUUAUGGAGUGGGUGGAUUGAGAGUUAUCGAUGCUUCGAUAAUGCCGACCAUUCCCAGUGGGAAUACCAACGCACCUACCAUCAUGGUGGGCGAAAAGGGAGCCGAUUUGGUGAAGGAGGACUGGUUGGGGGGUGCUUACGAAUGAACUUUAUUCUGCCAGUUUUAUUUUGUUGUGUUUGUAUGUUUUGUAAAUAAAUAUUUUAUGUUUUUCUUUAGUGUGUUCUUUCAACUAAUAGUUAUUUGUG